AUGGCGUCGACCAGUGGAGAGGAGCAUCCUAUGCCAACAAUGGCUAGUGCUCAAGGAGUGGCUGCACUGGUAGCAGAGGACGACGCUAUCAGCAAUGCGGCUUCGACUUCGAGCAACCAGCUGGCUUCGGGGAUGAACCCCUCCUCCCCGGCGAGCAUGCAUCCCCUGCUGUUCGCGGCGGCGUGCAAAGGCGACAUGAUAGAGUUAAGUUAUCUUCUCGAUAGGGAGCAGCCAGCACCUUCCCAAGAUUUCCUUGAGCUGCUAGCAGCAUACACCUCUGGUUGCUGCCCCAACGGCAGCAGCCUGGGUUUGCAACGACCUGCUGCCACUGAUCUUGAACAAGGCACUACUGUUGAAGCACCUUCUCCAGCGUCGCUUCUGCAGGGCGUCACCAUGGAGGGGGACACCGCAUUACAUGUGGUGGCCGCCAAUGGGGACAGCGAGGUCUUCAUGAAUUGUGCUGACCUCAUUCACGGGAAGGACAGAACAUUCCUGUCUAAGCAGAAUACCAAGGGUGACACGCCCUUGCAUUGUGCUGUCAGGGCUGGAAAUUCCCAGAUGCUCUCUCAUCUUGCUGAUCUUGCAAGAAGUGACGGUAUGUUGGAAGACCUCGUAAGAAAGGAGAACUGCAGUAAGGAGACCGUCUUGCAUGAGGCUGUCCGCAUUGGCGAUGAUCAAAUCGUCAAGAGUUUGUUGACGGCUGAUCCAGAACUGGCUUGUUUUCCCAUGGACGGCACCUCAGCGCUGUACCUAGCCAUAUCAUUGGGAGAGGACAACAUUGCAAAGAUGUUACAUGAAGAGAGCAGAGAUAAAGUUGUUUCGUAUCUUGGACCAAAUGGACAAAAUGCAUUGCACGCCGCUGUUCUUCGUGGACCAGUGCUUACAAGAAGGCUGCUGGAGUGGGAAGAGGACCUCGCAACAAAAGCGGAUGAAAAUGGCAGCACGCCUCUUCACUUCGCCGCAGGAAGAAGAAAGUGCUCUCGGUUGGUACUAGAAGCUAAUACAGCCGCAUUGUACCAACGGGACCGCCAAGGAUUAUGCCCCAUACACGUUGCUGCCUCUGAAGGGGCAGCAGAAAUCGUCGCCAUGUUUGUUAAAAGGUGUCACGGUAGCUCCCGUCUGCGCGACGCCAAGGGGAGGACAUUCCUUCAUGUUGCUGUUGAGAAAGAAAGAUGUUCAGUAGUCUCUUAUGCUUGCGGCCUAAAGGCAUCGCUAGCAUUGAUUCUGAACAUGCAGGACAAUGAUGGGAACACCGCCCUGCACCUGGCUGUCAAGGCUAUGCAUUUUGGAAUGGUGUGUGGACUGGUUGGGACACGGGAAGUGAACCUGAAUUUGACAAACGCGGAAGGAGAGACUCCUCUGGAUACAGCAGAGUAUAUGAUUCCCUUGGUGUGGUUUGGUUGCAAGGACAGGGCAAGGAACAUUCACUACCUGCUCAAAAUCACCGGCGCCACGAGUGGUGCUUCUCGCCGGGACCAUUUCAAGGAGAAGUGUGAAAACAUCCAUGGAGCAAAAGCAGACCGCGAAUCCAAACAAGCAAAAGUAUUGAAAGAGUCGAGCCAGUCUCUAGUAGUCGGCUCGGUUCUAGUAGCAACUGCGACAUUCGGCGCAGCAUUUGCCAUGCCAGGAGGUUACAGGCAAGAUGAUCACUCCAAUGGAGGCACACCAACUCUUGCAUCGAGCGAUUCGUUUGCUGGAUUCGUGACGGCCAAUGCAACAGCUUUCAUGUUCUCCUCGGUCGCUACAGCUGGUUUCAUGUACUCUGGCAAUUCCAAGGGACAGGGUAAAAGACAUUCACUACCUGCUCCUGCUCAAAACUAUCGGCGCGCCAUGAGUGGUGUUUCUCGCCGGGACCAUUUCAAAGACAAGUGUGAAAACAUCCAUGGAGUAAAAGCAGAUCGUGAAGCCAAACAAGCAAAAGUAUUGAAAGAAUCGACCCAGACUCCAGUAGUCGGCUUGGUUCUAGUAGCUACUGCGACAUUCGGUGCACCAUUUGCUAUGCCAGGUGGUUAG